AUGAAGUACUCUACUACCGCUCUCGCCAUUGCCGGCAUGGCCGCCACCGUUCGCGGCCACGGUUUCCUCACUUCUCCCAAGGCCCGUAUGCCCGGUGAUGCCUUCGAGGCUGCCUGUGGUCAGCAAGUCUACUACAACCAGGCUAGUGACAACUACGGCAACAUCCAGGGUGAACUUCAGGUUGCCAAAACCCAAACCGACUACAACGCUGAGAAGUGUCAAAUCUGGCUCUGCAAGGGUUUCAAGUACGAGGACAACAAAGAUCUUGUUCAGACUUACACUCCUGGUCAGAAGGUCCCUAUCAAGUUCGACGUUCGCGCUCCUCACGAGGGCACUGCCAACGUCUCCAUCGUUGAUACCGCAACCAACACUGUUAUCGGCACUCCUCUGAUCUCAUGGGACGUCUACGCUUCCAGCGCCUCGACCAUUCCCGCCGACCAGACCUCUUUCGACAUUACCAUCCCCGAGGAUCUUGGUAGCAAGUGCUCUACCGCCGGUGCUUGUGUACUCCAACAUUUCUGGGAUGCCAGAUCGGUCGAUCAGACCUACGAAUCUUGCAUCGACUUCACCGUCAGCGGAUCUGGCUCUGGUGCUGCACCUGCUAGCUCCAAGGCUGCCUCAUCGAGCGCAGUUCCUGCUAGCUCCAAGGCUGCCUCGUCGAGCGCAGUUCCUGUUUCUUCCCAGAAGGCUGUUAGCUCUUCUUCGAGUGCUCCUGCAAAGGCCCCUAUCACCUCUACCAAGCCCGUCUCGUCUGCUACUAAGUCUACUACCAUGGCCACUGUUGUUAAGUCCAGCUCUGCUGCUCCUGUUUCAUCCAGCUCAGCUAGCGGCUCUGUCGCUGCCUAUGGUCAGUGCGGUGGAAAGGGCUUCACUGGCGCUACUCAGUGUGUCUCUGGCUGGACCUGCAAGGUCAUGAACGACUACUACUCCCAGUGUGUCGCUGGCGACAACAAGGUAACUAGCGCCUCAUCCCCUGCUGCUUCAAGUACAUCCUGCACCACCAAAAUCACCGUCACCAGGAGCUCCUCCGCCUCUGCAGACACAAAGGUGGACUCUCUCCAUUUAUCGUAA